AUCUAAAGAGAUCUGUAAUCCAACCUUGAUAAAAUCGUUUCUAAAGCGUAAAAGGGAGAAAUAAUUUUCAGCGUGUAUGGGAUACUUUGACACUUAAAACUAGAUAUGUGAAUGAAAAAAAUUUGCUGAUAAUUUUCAAGAAAUGUUUCUUAGAAGUUAACACUGAUCACGGAAAUUGCUGCUAAGCUGAUGCAGAGGAAAUAUGUAUAUACAGUAAGAGGUAUCUUGGAAAAUUUUAAGAACAGCUAAAUAAGUAAUACGAAGGCAAGCUUAUCUUUGUCCUUGAAAUGUGGAAAAUCUUUUAUCUCUUGAUGUUGGCUUAUUGUAUUCAUUGAAGUAGGUGAUAAAGGUAAUAUUUUUAUUGUAUUUGUUGUAGCUUAAUUUUUCCUUUUCAGUCAUUUUGCAGUUUCACCAAAUUUGUGUUUAGUGUGCAAAAGAAAACAAUGUUAAGACUUGACUAUAGUGUUUUUAAAGAUCUAACAUCAUACAGAAAAAAAAUGAAGCAUUUUUCAUCUUAACCUUUAACAUAAAUGCCAAGGUUAUGAUUUCUUGUAUAGAAGUGAUAGGAUAUUAGAUUAUUUUACAAAUGUGGUUGGGCACUUUUAGAAAAAUUGAGAAUUGGGCCUCUUAGACACAAAUGUAUGUGAAAUAUAAUGUGAUUUUAAGUUUAAGUCAGCAAUAAAUUUAUAAUGGGCUACCGAAGAAGGUACAAUUUGACCCAUUAAAAUAAAAAAUGAAUGGAUGGACAUGAGAUGUGUUAAAUGAUGAUUUUAUUAUUAUUUUUUUUACUUCAGUAUCAAUAAAUAUGACCAAAAUCUAAAUGAUACAGUAACUUCUAAAUUAGUCCCCAGUCUGAUGGAGUACAGCUUCCCUUUUAUCACCAGUAAGAUAAAGGGUUAUAGCAAAUCACAUUUUAAAAAGGUCUUACAUCUAAGUCAACCCUCAUGAUGAUGCUUAUAUUCAGUGUUCUGGUAUUUGUGCUUGGGCCAAGCUUGUAAAAAUGGGCAAUACAUUUGAUGGGCAAAAGUAAUGGACACGUGAGAGCAAAUAUAAAUGUAGAUACUAUUUUAAAUUCCCAAAUUUCUUAAAAAAGUAACUUACUAGUUUACUACUGUAUUUUGUUUCAGAACUGAAGUGAUACUUAAAUACUUUUAUUUGGGCAUUUGAACGAACUUUUGAAUCAUAAAAAUCACCUAUCGAAUUGGUGACUAGGUUUCAUUGCAUUUGUUAUUAUGGUACUAUUAAAAAGUACCUGAAAUUCCACAGAAAUGAAAGCAGCCAUGCAUGCCCAUAGUUAAUUACAAGGUUUUCAUGAACUUACAGGCUGCAUUACAUGAUAUAGAUUAAAGUACAGGAUGAUGUGAAAUAAAUAUGAUGGCUUUUAAUGAGUGAGAAACAUCAUGGCAAGUGGAAAUGUGACUCCAGAGACUGAAUUCUCUAAAGGGCCUGUACAACGUAGUAGAUGUUGGUGGAAGCAUUUACACCCAGUCAGCUUGAAGAGUCUCACAUGGACCCUACCACUGAGAAAACAAGAUGGCAGUCCACUAUGGGGAUUUGAGGAAAAUGGAUUAAUACAAGAGUGCUGUGAUAAUACACAACCAAGACAGGGUUCUUUUAACAUGGAUUUCAUGAAAUGAAGACAUAGGUUUCUUACCCAGCACAAAUGGACAGUGGAUUUGACUUUCUAAAGACUUUUUGUAUCCCUAAAUCAAGUACAUUCUUGACAUUUGGAGAAGAAAGAUGGCACAGUGACACAGAUGUUAGUUUGUAUGCCUGGAAAUUUUUGCAGUUGGAUUUGUAUGAGUAUGAUCUUGUGGAAUGUUAACUUUAAUAAAAUUUCUAACACUUUAAAAUUUCUCAGUUUGGGCUUUUUUUUUUUUCAAGCCGAAGUUUCAUUAAAUGUUCAAUUACUGCCUUAACACUUUGACUUUUACAGUUCCCCAGCAGUAGGUAUACUGAAUAAAGCUGGUAAAAUGGAAAUGGUGUGCUGAAAGAGGGUUCACUUGGUUGAUAAAUAUUUGUCUUUUUUCACAAAGUUGUGGAAAUUUGUGCAUUAAGAGAUGGUGGUUUUGUUGAAAUGCUAUUUUGAGCUUUCUUGAAACAUCUUGGAAAAUAACUUACCAAGGGGUAAUAAUAGGAACUUUAAUUUGCCAUGAGAUUGUAAUAAGCUUAUAAAACAAAAUGCCUUUUGCCUCAAAAUUCAGAAUGAGUGAUAAAAUAUUUUUAUGAGUUAUUUUGUGUUGAUGGAAAAGGUCUCUCUUACCUAUGCUUUUUAAUAUUGUUUUACAGUAGAAUAUUCACCUGAACCUUUAAACUGGUGCCUCUUGUUGUUUUAGUGGUUAAUAUCAGGAAAAGAGGUAUUGGGUUUAUAUGGAAGUGUCCUUAGGGUAUUUGUAAAAGGAUUUAAGAUUUUGGUGGCAAUAAUGUCUAUAAUACAUUUUAUGUAAAUAUGAAGGUAGGGCUUUAUCUUUUAUUUUUCUUACUCUGAUUAGGAAUUUAAAUAAAUCCUGCUGUGUCCUAGAUUGUUUGAAUUCUAGGUGAAUGCUACUGUUCCAUUUAUUGAUAAUUGACUAAUACCAGUUUCAGUAACAAUGAUAAAAGUGGGAUAGACUUCAUUUUGAUAGACCAAAUGACUUGUUCAUUGUAUUUUCCCAUUAUACAGAUAACAAGGAAGAGUUCAGGUUGAAUUCUUUUUUUUUUUCAUGAGAAAUAAUCAUUUUGUGUGACUAAUGCCAAAUACCAUAGUGUACACAUCUCUGAUCAAUACAUGUGCAAUAUUUAUUCUCAUUAAGUGAUUUGAGGUGGUUGGUCUGUAUAAAUGAAAAGUGGACUUUUGGAUUUUGAUUCUGGUAGAAAAUUUAAUGUUUUGUAGAAGGUAUAGAAUUGAAACUAGGUUUUGAUUAUGGAUUUUACUACCUAGAUGCAACAUUGUUGGUCUUGUUAGGUAUAAACCUAAAAUGAGUUUCUUAAAUGAGGCGAGGACAUUGUUCUGGUAUACUAAAAUGUAAGUAAGGAAAGUUGAUUUUUUUUUAGAUGCGUGAAUGUUUUCUUGGGGUGCUUUUUGAGAGAAAUGUGUUAAAUUGUUUGUUUUUUGGCAUUAGUAGUUAUAUUGUUUCCAUAGAUCUCACGGUUUUGGUAUUUAGGAGAAUUUGUCUUGUGACAUUACUUUGAUAACUUGCCAUCAGAUAGGACCAAUUGUUACUAACUUGCCAUUGUUGGAAUGGGUAUAUGCUUUAGAAUUUGAUUUGAAAUAAAAGGUAAUGGUUGGGAUAUAUGUGUGUUGUAUUGGUUUGAAGGUGGAGUUUCUUGGGUUUGUUAAAGGGUGUACAUAGUAGUUCCAUGCUCUUGAAUUUAAGAACUUUGUUUUGCCUGACUGUGUGAAGUAAAUUCAUUGUGGUUAUGAGGAUUUUUUGGUGAAGUUUGCAAGGUUAUAUAUAAUGGGUUAAAGAAUUUUAUUUUAAGUUUAAAGAAAGAUUGAGGUUCUUGGGUAAAAGCUAAUUGCAUUAAUUUUUUGCUCUAAUGCAACUGAACACUAGGGAGGCGCUGUUGAGUUGUACCCCUUUUUCCAGUUGGGAUGGAAAAUUCCCCCAUAAACUUUGUCAUUAGAUAAUUUUUAGGCUUCAUAAAGAAGGCAAGACUUGAAUUUAAUUUAUGAAAUUGAGGUUUUGCUUUUGUUUAGAAACCAUUUUACCCAUGGGGGGGUUAAUUUUUAAAGAGAUUAAUACUUGAGCUUAGCUUUAUAUUCUCUAGGAAUUAUCCCUCUUUCAAAAUGGCUUGAUAAAACACCACUUCCUGUCCAGAGAGGAAGUUAUUUUAGCUCAAGGACUGAAAUAUUUAGCAGAUCUUUAGACAAAAGGAACAAAUUACAUUUCUCUCUGGCUUAAAAAGGGUGCUUGAGCCAGAGGGGGUUAAGAAACCCUCCCUCCUCCCCUUGAUGGGGUGGUCUGGAGGGGCAGGGAGGUGUGGGGGUAGGGGUCCUCAGGCUCCCUGGGAUGGAGGAUCUUUUUUUUUCUUCUUUUUUUUUUUUUUUGGUGGAGAUGAAGGGGUGGGUCUAUGGUACAUCACCUGAGUUGUGGGGUAAAUGUAGAGAGUGUCAAUCAAAGGCAGAGCUCUCAGAGCUGGGAAGGAGGCUCUAGAUGGCGGCUGUGCCUUAGAGAGAGCGCGCUCUGCUCCCUGCCUUCGCCUCACUUUACGCAACUUUCCCUAACUUUCGGGCAGCCUCAGGGGGCCCCCGCAGCCCCCUGCCUCUCCUAGUGACUUACUGGGGUCGAUUCGAACCUUUUUAAGGGAGAAAAGCAGCUUUUAGGAGCUUUCUUUUCGUGCCUUGUUGGAAAGAAGCAGCCGUACUGAGAGCCCAGGUCGUUGUUUUUUCCAGCUUAGAAGCCAUGGCGCACCUCCAUUUUUGUGCGCUCUCCUAAUGAGGUUUUUUUCCUUCCGGACCCGUUUUAGUAUUAAUUGUUGCUUUAUUUUUUUGGCCAGUUAACAUAUUGGAGGAUUAUUUUAUUUAUUUUUCGUUUUUGUAACGGAGAAUUUUGUUUUUAUUUUUAAUUAUUUGGGAUCUGAUAUUUUUCUACUACUAGAUAGGACUCUUGCUUUGGACCUACUACAUGGAUCAGUAAAUACCUGGGCACAGGACUUCAAAGCAAACACAGAUUCCCCCUCCCCCUUAAUAUUUAAGAAUUAAAAGAUGAUGAGAAAUAAGGACAAAAGCCAAGAGGAGGACAGUUCGCUACACAGCAAUGCAUCGAGUCACUCAGCAUCUGAAGAAGCUUCCGGUUCAGACUCAGGAAGCCAGUCGGAGAGUGAGCAGGGCAGUGAUCCAGGAAGUGGCCAUGGCAGUGAGUCAAAUAGCAGUUCUGAGUCUUCAGAGAGCCAGUCGGAAUCUGAAAGUGAGUCGGCGGGUUCCAAAUCCCAGCCAGUCCUUCCAGAAGCCAAAGAGAAGCCAGCCUCUAAGAAGGAACGGAUAGCGGAUGUGAAGAAGAUGUGGGAAGAAUAUCCUGAUGUUUAUGGGGUUAGGAGGUCAAACCGAAGCAGACAAGAACCAUCACGAUUUAAUAUUAAGGAGGAGGCAAGUAGCGGGUCUGAGAGUGGGAGCCCAAAAAGAAGAGGCCAGAGGCAGCUGAAGAAACAAGAAAAAUGGAAACGGGAACCCUCAGAAGAUGAACAGGAACAAGGCACCAGUGCAGAGAGCGAACCAGAGCAAAAAAAAGUGAAAGCCAGAAGACCUGUCCCCAGAAGAACAGUGCCCAAACCUCGUGUUAAAAAGCAGCAGAAGACUCAGCGUGGAAAGAGAAAAAGGCAGGACUCUUCCGAUGACGAUGAUGAAGAUGACGAAGCUCCUAAAAGGCAGACUCGUCGCAGAGCGGCUAAAAAUGUUAGUUACAAGGAAGACGAUGACUUUGAAACCGACUCCGACGACCUCAUUGAGAUGACUGGAGAAGGAGCCGAUGAGCAGCAGGAUAAUAGUGAAACUAUUGAAAAGGUCUUAGACUCAAGGCUGGGAAAGAAAGGAGCCACUGGAGCUUCUACUACUGUAUAUGCGAUCGAAGCUAAUGGAGACCCUAGUGGUGACUUUGACACUGAAAAGGAUGAAGGCGAAGUCCAGUACCUCAUCAAGUGGAAGGGUUGGUCUUACAUCCACAGCACAUGGGAGAGCGAAGAAUCCUUACAGCAGCAGAAAGUGAAGGGCCUAAAAAAAUUAGAGAACUUCAAGAAGAAAGAGGAUGAAAUCAAGCAAUGGUUGGGAAAAGUCUCUCCUGAAGAUGUGGAAUAUUUUAACUGCCAACAAGAGCUGGCCUCAGAGUUGAACAAGCAGUAUCAGAUAGUUGAAAGAGUAAUUGCUGUGAAGACAAGCAAAUCUACACUGGGUCAGACAGAUUUUCCAGCUCAUAGUCGGAAGCCGGCACCUUCAAAUGAACCUGAAUAUCUAUGCAAAUGGAUGGGAUUGCCCUAUUCAGAGUGUAGCUGGGAAGAUGAAGCCUUGAUUGGCAAGAAGUUCCAGAGCUGCAUUGAUAGCUUCCAUAGUCGGAACAACUCUAAAACCAUCCCAACAAGAGAAUGCAAGGCCUUGAAGCAGAGACCACGGUUUGUGGCUUUAAAGAAACAACCGGCAUAUUUAGGAGGGGAGAAUCUGGAGCUCCGUGAUUAUCAGCUAGAAGGCCUCAACUGGCUUGCUCAUUCCUGGUGCAAAAGUAACAGUGUAAUCCUUGCUGAUGAAAUGGGCCUAGGAAAGACCAUCCAGACCAUAUCAUUCCUCUCCUACCUGUUCCACCAACACCAGCUGUAUGGCCCCUUUCUUAUAGUCGUCCCUUUAUCCACCCUCACCUCAUGGCAGAGGGAGUUUGAAAUCUGGGCACCAGAGAUUAACGUAGUGGUUUACAUAGGUGACCUGAUGAGCAGAAAUACGAUACGGGAGUAUGAAUGGAUUCAUUCUCAGACUAAAAGGCUCAAGUUCAAUGCACUUAUAACAACAUAUGAGAUCCUCUUAAAAGAUAAGACUGUGCUGGGCAGUAUUAACUGGGCCUUUCUGGGAGUGGAUGAAGCCCAUCGGUUGAAGAAUGAUGACUCUUUAUUGUAUAAAACUCUGAUUGAUUUCAAGUCCCACCAUAGGCUCCUGAUUACGGGGACCCCUCUUCAGAAUUCCCUCAAAGAGCUCUGGUCCCUGCUGCACUUUAUUAUGCCGGAGAAGUUUGAAUUCUGGGAAGAUUUUGAAGAGGACCAUGGGAAAGGGAGGGAGAAUGGCUACCAGAGUCUCCAUAAGGUGCUGGAGCCCUUCCUCCUCCGGAGGGUCAAAAAGGACGUGGAGAAAUCCCUUCCUGCCAAAGUGGAACAGAUUCUCAGGGUGGAGAUGUCGGCUCUGCAGAAGCAGUAUUACAAAUGGAUUCUGACCAGGAACUACAAGGCUCUUGCCAAAGGGACAAGAGGUAGCACAUCCGGUUUCCUGAAUAUUGUGAUGGAGUUGAAAAAGUGCUGUAACCACUGCUACCUGAUCAAGCCCCCCGAGGAGAACGAGCGAGAGAAUGGGCAGGAGGUUCUUCUGUCCCUGAUCAGGAGCAGUGGGAAGCUGAUUCUGUUAGAUAAACUGCUGACAAGACUUCGAGAAAGGGGCAACAGAGUCCUUAUUUUCUCCCAGAUGGUCAGAAUGUUGGACAUCCUGGCCGAGUACUUGACGAUCAAGCACUAUCCUUUCCAGCGUCUGGAUGGUUCCAUCAAGGGAGAAAUCCGAAAACAGGCACUGGACCACUUCAAUGCAGAUGGGUCUGAGGACUUCUGUUUCCUGCUCUCGACAAGGGCUGGUGGCCUGGGAAUCAAUCUGGCUUCGGCAGACACAGUUGUCAUCUUUGACUCCGACUGGAACCCCCAGAACGACUUGCAGGCACAAGCCCGAGCCCAUAGAAUUGGUCAGAAGAAGCAGGUAAAUAUUUACCGCUUGGUUACAAAGGGGACUGUGGAGGAGGAGAUCAUCGAACGGGCCAAAAAGAAGAUGGUAUUGGACCAUCUGGUGAUUCAGCGUAUGGAUACCACUGGCCGGACGGUUCUGGAAAACAACUCAGGAAGGUCCAACUCAAAUCCUUUUAAUAAAGAAGAGCUGACAGCUAUUUUGAAAUUUGGAGCAGAGGAUCUCUUCAAAGAACUGGAAGGGGAGGAGUCAGAGCCUCAGGAAAUGGACAUAGAUGAGAUUUUGCGCUUGGCUGAAACCAGAGAGAACGAAGUGUCAACAAGUGCAACAGAUGAGCUUCUGUCACAGUUUAAGGUUGCCAACUUCGCAACAAUGGAAGACGAAGAAGAGCUGGAAGAGCGUCCUCACAAGGACUGGGAUGAGAUCAUUCCGGAGGAGCAGAGGAAAAAAGUAGAGGAGGAAGAGCGUCAGAAGGAGCUGGAAGAAAUUUACAUGCUUCCUCGAAUUCGGAGUUCCACUAAAAAGGCUCAGACAAAUGACAGUGACUCUGACACUGAGUCUAAGAGGCAGGCGCAGAGAUCCUCUGCCUCUGAGAGCGAGACGGAUGACUCUGAUGAUGACAAGAAGCCGAAGCGCAGAGGGCGCCCCCGAAGCGUGCGGAAGGACCUUGUCGAGGGAUUUACUGACGCUGAGAUCCGAAGGUUCAUCAAGGCAUAUAAGAAGUUUGGUCUCCCUCUUGAACGGCUGGAGUGCAUAGCACGAGAUGCCGAGCUGGUAGAUAAGUCUGUAGCAGAUCUGAAACGCCUGGGGGAACUGAUUCACAACAGCUGUGUGUCCGCCAUGCAGGAGUAUGAAGAGCAGCUGAAGGAAAACGCCAGCGAGGGGAAAGGACCAGGGAAAAAGAGAGGCCCAACAAUCAAAAUAUCGGGGGUCCAGGUUAAUGUGAAAUCCAUUAUACAACAUGAGGAAGAGUUUGAGAUGCUGCACAAAUCGAUCCCUGUGGACCCCGAAGAAAAAAAAAAAUACUGCUUAACCUGUCGAGUGAAAGCUGCACAUUUUGAUGUGGAGUGGGGGGUGGAGGAUGAUUCGCGACUCCUGCUGGGAAUUUAUGAACAUGGCUAUGGAAACUGGGAGCUAAUUAAGACGGACCCAGAGCUUAAGUUAACUGACAAAAUUCUGCCCGUGGAGACAGAUAAAAAGCCUCAGGGGAAGCAGCUGCAGACCCGAGCGGACUACUUGCUCAAGUUGCUCAGGAAAAGUCUGGAGAAGAAGGGGGCCGUGACGAGCGGGGAAGAGGCCAAAUUAAAGAAGCGGAAGCCUCGAGUAAAGAAGGAAAACAAAGAACCCAGGCUGAAAGAUGAGCAUGGGGUUGAGUUUUCAUCUCCUAGACAUUCAGACAAUCCGUCGGAAGAGGGAGAAGUAAAGGAUGAUGGCUUAGAGAAAAGUCCAAUGAAAAAGAAACAGAAGAAGAAAGAGAACAAGGAGAACAAGGAGAAACAAAUGAGUUCUAGGAAGGACAAAGAAGGGGACAAGGAAAGGAAGAAGUCAAAAGAUAAGAAAGAGAAGCCUAAAGGUGGUGAUGCCAAAUCUUCAAGUAAAUCGAAGCGAUCUCAGGGUCCUGUCCAUAUUACAGCAGGAAGUGAGCCUGUCCCCAUUGGAGAGGAUGAGGAUGAUGAUCUGGACCAGGAGACAUUCAGCAUAUGCAAAGAGCGGAUGAGGCCAGUGAAAAAGGCUCUGAAGCAGCUGGACAAACCCGACAAGGGGCUCAAUGUGCAGGAACAGCUAGAGCACACCCGAAACUGCCUGCUGAAGAUCGGAGACCGGAUAGCCGAGUGCCUUAAAGCCUAUUCAGACCAGGAGCACAUCAAACUCUGGAGAAGGAACCUAUGGAUUUUUGUUUCCAAGUUUACAGAAUUUGAUGCUCGAAAAUUGCAUAAGUUAUACAAGAUGGCUCAUAAGAAAAGAUCUCAAGAAGAAGAGGAGCAAAAGAAGAAAGAUGAUGUGAUUGGUGGAAAGAAGCCGUUUCGGCCAGAGGCUUCAGGCUCCAGCCGGGACUCCCUGAUCUCUCAGUCCCACACCCCGCACAACCUUCACCCUCAGAAGCCUCACUUGCCCGCCUCCCACGGCCCACAGAUGCACGGACACCCACGAGAUAACUAUAAUCACCCCAACAAGAGACACUUCAGUAACGCAGACCGAGGAGACUGGCAGAGGGAAAGAAAGUUCAACUAUGGUGGCGGCAACAAUCCUCCGUGGGGCAGCGACAGGCACCAUCCGUACGAGCAGCACUGGUACAAGGACCACCAUUACGGCGACCGGCGGCACGUGGACGCCCACCGCUCUGGGAGCUAUAGACCCAACAACUUGUCCAGAAAGAGACCUUAUGACCAGUACAGCAGUGACCGAGACCACAGGGGACACCGAGAUUACUACGACAGGCACCAUCAUGACUCCAAGCGGAGGAGAUCCGAUGAAUUUCGGCCUCAAAAUUAUCACCAGCAGGAUUUCCGACGCAUGUCUGACCACCGCCCCCCUAUGGGCUACCAUGGCCAAGGACCCUCGGACCAUUACCGCUCUUUCCACACAGACAAAUUGGGGGAAUAUAAACAGCCCCUGCCCCCACUGCACCCCGCAGUCUCAGACCCUCGCUCGCCCCCUUCUCAGAAAUCUCCCCAUGAUUCCAAGUCACCCCUGGAUCACAGGUCUCCAUUGGAGAGAUCACUAGAACAGAAAAACAACCCAGAUUAUAACUGGAAUGUUCGGAAAACAUAAAGGACAGCUGGGAAAGAAGGGGAGAGCAAGAGUCAUUGAGCACCUGGGUAUUUUUGGUCUGAUCCAACGGGAGCCAGUUAUCUAGACCAGUGAGUGGAGUUUCUGGACAUGCUGCUGCUGCUGCCAGCCUGCCGGCCGAAGGAGCGCCUCAAGGAGUGGGGGGCCUUUCACUUGGUCCCGCUUGGGUUUGGGUCGCCACUCCUGCACUUCGACACCCCAUCCCACCCAGCCUGGUUCCAGCCUGCCACUGCGAUGGGUGCUGGGAGGAAGAGGUGACUUGUGUGUACCGGCUUCGCGGGCUGUGUUUCCCCAGUGAAGGAAGACGGGAUCUUAGAGUCGGGAUGUUUUGUUGCCGGGGUCCGUGCGCCCUGAGCCUGGGUGCGGGGGGCUGGGUAGGAGCGUGUGCGUGCAGGCUGCCGGGACCUGCUGGACGGCACACGAUUGCUUCACUGUGACGUGACAUGCUGCUGACAGGGAGCGGGGCUCGGGUCUCGCCUCGUGGGACUUAAAGGGGGAGUGGGCACACUCCUCAGACAUGUUCUUGGGAGAAACCGUACCCUUGGGCCUCAGCAUGACAUCUGUGGCACAGGAGGACAGAGGGGAACAGCUUCCACGGCGGCCCCUUCCUGACCGACACUAAUUUUUCCCACACUAUCUGUACAUUUCAAAUGCUUAGUCUCCGCCGUGGGCCUCCUUCGCCCUGGUGCCAGGGAGGCGAGGGCCCAUCUGGCGGACUUCAGAGUACUGUGAGCAGGCCGGCACUGGCGUUGGCGUGGGUCUUCCUUGGUUGGGAGUGGGCUGAAAGCGGGGCUGGGGUGGGGGUGGUGUGGCCAGGGACCCGGAAUCCCUGGUGGAUUUCUGAUCCUGGGAUGAGAAGUGUCCAUUGAGGGCCAGGGGGUGGCGGGGGAAGCUUGGUGCUGGCAGGUGCCAAGGGGGGGGUGGGGUACAGGUGCAGGUGGUGAGUGGGUCUCGUGGGGAGAGGGGGCCUGGGGUGUUGUGCCAGGUCAGCCUCACUAGCCGCCUUGUAGGCACUUUAGUUUCCUCUGCCCAGCAUGACGCGGAACACACGUCUGCUGACCCCGUGUGGCGGGUGCACUGGUGAGGCUCAGCGACCUGCGGGGAACAGCUCCCACAGCUAGGCAGGCAGCAGUAGACUUGAACUCCACUGUUGUUUAGAAUGAGAUCAAAUAAAGUACAAACCUAACUUAAGAGUUUUUGCAAACUAGGAAACCUCCAAGGCCAGGGGACCGCGUUGACGGUCAGAGUGGUGCAGGGCCGAAUGGAGUCAAAAGGCAGGUUGGUUGCACCAGUUCAUUAGGCUGCUUCCGUUCCCCUGAUGCUGGGCCUUCCGUUCUCCUCUUUCAAAAUACCGCUUGCCAGUAUUGUGUGAAUAUCCAAAGGCCUUUCUAGGUGGACGCACUGACUUGAACCUACACCGUGCCUAAACGUGUCCAGGCUCAGAGCUGGUGAGAAGCUUCCCGUUGGGCACGCACAGGGUUCAACUCCCUGAACUAACCUGUGAGGACGUCACAAAAUGAUCAUCACUUACCUGCCGGUACCCUGGGCAGCACCAUUAAUGCCUUUACUAGCAAAGCCCCCAGUCCCAGCGCCUUAGUGGAGCCGACACGGCUCUACUGGGUCAUUUCUGCUCGCUGUGCGCGGCGCCCUGGAGCUGGCCAGCGUCUGGGUCCUCACAGCUUGUGCUGGGAGUAGUGGGCCUGCCCCGUCCUUACCUAUAUCUCCUCAUGGUACUAGGGAUGUGCAGCGUGGGCUCAAAGGGGGUCAGCAUGCCCGGAGCACAGCACAAAGGAACGCAUAGGAGCCCCUGGCCGUGGUCGUCCCAUGGCGACUGCUCAGUGAGAGAAGAUUGUGUCUGCUGUGGCCACCACCAGCUGAGCUUCCCGCCGACAGUACUCACACUACCCUGUGUUCCUCUUGCCCAGGCCCAAGUGGAAGGCUAGGUUGGCUUGCCGGGUUCUUUGGGGUUGGGGGGAGGGAUGAGCACCAGCACGUGUCUCCCCGCGGGAGGUCAGGCUGUGUCCUGGGAGGCGUGGCAUCCCCCUUCCCUUAAGGGAAGCUGGGAGGAGUUGCUGGAGGCUCUGAAUUUCAGGGCUCUGCAAGGGUGAUUGAUUGUCUCUGAGGUUGAUAGGAGAUGUGAGUUAUUCCCAAAGAUGUCUCAUCAUGAAGAAAAAGGAACUUCCUUUUGUUUACAUUCAGGACUUGUAGUGCCAUAUGAUGUAGCAAAAGGCUAUAUUCGCCGGAUCAGUGUUAAAUUGAUUAUAAAAUUACAGUAUCCCCAUAAAAGCAUCUAUUUUAGAUGUUGAAGUAUGUUUGAAGACUGGGUUGGGAAAAAGGAGGCAUUUCCUCAUUGACCUAAAUCAGUAUGAAUACUGUAUGCUCUUAUCAGAAACAAAUUUGCACAGGUAGGAAUUCUCUCCCUUGCGGGUGGGAUAAACUGCCCCAGGAACCCGUGAGGGCGGCAGUCCAUGGAGCCUAGCUUUGAAGGAUUUCAUAACCGGGUAGAAACAGCGGGGGUCGAGGAAGAGGGGCGUCCGCAUCAUCUGAGAUCUGAAUAUGAAUGAGGAUUAACGCGGUGUACCACGGCCCUGGGAAAGGGGGCCCUGAAAGCCCAGGUACAUCACUGUGGUCUUCUCAGAGAUGGCUGCAGAGAAACAGCCAGAUCCUCUGCAGAGCCCGAUCUGAUGGACCCAGGGCGGCCCCCCGCCCCUUCUAGUCAUUCCUUUAGCCCUUCCACGGGAAACCAGAACACUGCUCCCACCGUGCUGCAGACAUUGUAGCCUGAUGCCCGAGAGCCGCAUCAGGACAUGUGGUGCACACGCGAGUCCGCUACAAAUUCACACAGGGACACUGGAAUCCUACAGACCAAAAUCCACUCGUCAGCAGGAGCGGGGGCCCAGGGCCCAGCGCCAGCGGUCUUCCGGCUUGUCUGAGGGCUGCCGUGUCGGGCGAGGAGAGCCAGGCCAAGGGUCCAGGCUGCUUUAGUCCGUCCGGACCCCACACGUUUGGGGACGGAUGGUUUUUCUUUAUUGUAAAAUUGUGGACUUUUAAAACCUGUUGACUAAAACAGUAAUUAAUUUAUAUUUGUGAAAAAUGCCACUGUCCUAGUGAUUUCUGAUGUAAAUAAUGUUGUUUAUAUAGUAUGUAUUAAAUUUUCCUACAUUGUAAAACUGCUGUACUUUUGAUUCUUGUAUAUUAAAAAGUGUUACUAAGGA